CGACUAAUGGUUAUCUAUAGUUGACGCGUUUAGUAAAUUGGCGCGCGUAGCGAGCUCUGACCCAGCUUGAUCAUCCGCACAAAGACGGCACUGGAAUGACUCUAGUCGCACAAGUACGGCCUUUGAUGCUCAUACUUUUUUUCAUUGUCUAUGGCCGAUCCCCAGGUCCUCUCCGCAGUCAAGUCCACUUGCCGAUGCGCGCUGCGGAGACGACAGCCAACCAGAGACAACACUCCAAACGCAUUGCAUGAUUCACGCCGACCUCGGUGCGGACAAUUGUUCCACGAAUAAGUUGGUCCUCUCAUAUGUUUGUCGGUUCCCAAGAAGUUGUCCCAGUACAGACUUCAAACAAAUCGCGACCAUUUGCCAUCCGCAAUCAUGUCUCCAAUCGCGAUACCUGGGAAGCACGAAUAUAGCAUAGCUUGCAUGCCGGCAGAUGGCAUCGGUCCAGAAGUCAUUGGCGCAGGUGUUGAGGUGCUCAAAACCAUGAGCGAGGCAUCCUCGGGCGCCUUUACAUUUCAAUUUGAGGACUACGACUGGAGCAGCGACACAUACAAGAAGCUGGGCAAAUACAUCCCAGACGGAGGCCUUGAAGACCUUCGACGACACGAUGCGAUUCUCUUUGGCGCAGUGGGAGCUCCUGACGUACCCGAUCACAUCAGUCUGUGGGGCCUACGAUUAGCCAUAUGUCAACCUUUCCAACAAUAUGCAAACGUACGACCGACGAAGAUUCUACGCGGUACCGAGUCACCUCUGCGUAAAGCAAAGACGGGUGAUCUGGACUGGGUCAUUAUCCGCGAAAACAGCGAAGGCGAGUAUGCUGGCCAAGGAGGUCGAUCGCAUCGCGGCCAACCCUGGGAGACGUCCACCGAGGUCAGCAUCUUUACUCGCCACUGCGUAGAACGCCUCAUUCGUUUCGCUUUCGAGAUCGCACAAAAGCGGCCGAAGAAGCACAUCACCGUAGUGACCAAAUCGAACGCACAGCGGAAUGGUAUGGUGAUGUGGGAUGAGAUUGCUUACGAAGUCGCCAAAGACUUCCCGGACGUUCAGAUGGACAAGAUGCUCGUUGACGCAAUGACCUGUCGGAUGGUACUGCAACCGAACUCGAUUGACACGAUUGUGGCUACUAACCUCCAUGCGGACAUUCUCAGCGACCUAGCUGCAGCAUUAGCAGGCUCUAUCGGGAUAGCACCGACAUCAAAUCUGGACCCGACUCGGAAGAAUCCGAGCAUGUUUGAGCCAAUCCACGGCUCAGCAUUCGACAUCACCGGCAAGGGCGUUGCAAAUCCCGUGGGCACCUUCUGGACAGCGGCAGAGAUGUUGAGGUGGUUGGGUGAGGAGCAGGCGGCUGACGUGCUGAUGGAGUGUAUCGAGAAAGUCUGCGAAGCUGGUAUUCUGACUCGUGAUCUCGGCGGUACUGCUGGCACCAAAGAGGUCACCAACGCUGUGUGUGAGGAGGUACGCAAAGCGUAUGGGCGGAAAAGGGGUGAUUAGCCAGCUUCAUCCCUUCCCAGGAUGUCGUUGAUGUACAUUUCGUCUCCGGCCACGAGAAUGCAAGGCCGCUGCGUUGGCAGCGCCCCGACUGCUCGAUUUUACAGCAUGACGUUGCGAAAGCGUUGGUCAACAGAGUGACGCCUUGCCGGUCACCUAGUCACUGAAAGCCAUUGCUUGCAAUGUUGUUGUGUCCGUGAUCGUGAGGUUGCGAGAGACCAAUCAGUGCAAAUGGAAGCGAGCAAGCGUUUGGAGCCUGGCGGGG